UUACCUUCAAACCAAUAUGGCCGCCGAAAGUGAGGUAAGCUUUUAAAAAUAAUUUUUUUUUAUAUGUUUUAUUUGAAACUGAGCAUGGUUUAAAUAAUUGUGUUUUUAUUGUUAGGAAACGUUUGUAUUUUCAUAUACUGAAGAUGAUUUUCAUUUUAACUGCUCAAACACAGGAAGCAAGGUUAGAAAUAAUAAUAAACAUUUUUUUUUUAAAUGAAUAGAUUAAACGAAUGCAUAUUUUAUAGUCGUUAGGACGAUAUCGUCCUGGUUUAAUUAUGCAAAAUAGACUAAAUUUAUUUAAUUAUGGAAAAGACUAAAUGAUUUUCUCAUAGUUUGAUGAUGAGGUGUUCAAGAGAUGGGACAAUGCAAUGGAGUCAGGAUGUUUCAAAUACAACUUAGAUUCUGUUCAAAGAAGGAUAAUCCCUGGAAAAUAUAACUUCGUAGCACAGGUAAUUAUCAGGUGAUUUGUCUUCAUCUGAUUUUCUAAAGUUGAUUCUAAGGAGAUGCUUAAUUUAGUUAAUUACUUACUUUUUUAGCUAAAUGAAAAAAGAUUCACUCAGAGACGUGUACCUCAAAAUAUAACAAGUUUGAAACAGCCGUACAAUGCUGAGAAAUUUAACUUCACCAAAGUCCCUAAGAAAGAGGUAUGAUUGUUUGAUGGAUUAAUUAGGUGAUUGAUUUCCUAAUUGAUUAAUUAGGAUAAUGUCCUAAUUGAUUAAUUAUGUAAUGGAUCUCCUAAUUGAGUAAUUAGGAUAAUUAAUGUCCUGAUUGAUUAAUUAGGUGAUUGAUUUCCUAAUUGAUUAAUUAGGCUAAUUAAUGUCCUAAUUGAUUGAUUAAGGUCAAUCUAAUAUAUUGAUUAGAGUUGUUAAUGUGCCCUAUUGAUUAAUUGAGGUCUAAUGUGCUUGGUAUAAUACUCUUCUAGGUUCUACUUGCAUUGUGUGAAAAACAUCAGGAAAGUUUAGGCAGAAAUAUUGUUGUAAUAAAUGUCAGUCCUUUGGAAUAUGGAAAUAUAUUAUUUGUGCCUGAUGCUGAUGGGCAGUUUCCACAGGUAUUAGUGUGGUAAUUUUUUAAUGAACUUGAAAUUAAAUCCAAGUUAUAUUGUGUAUUUCAUUUUUCUGCUUGAUUGUUCAAAAUGUAUGUGAACUAAAAAAUUUUGUUUGGAAUGUGAGCUUUGUUUUUAUUUCAAUGUUAGUUAGAAUCAUGUUUCACUUUGUUUUUAUGGUGUGUAGGUGUUAACUGAACGAGCAAUUCGUUUGUCCAUUGAAAUGAUGUUAUUGAGUGGGAAAAGGUAAAUGAUCUACAAUAUCAGCUUGGACAUCAGGACUGAGCAGAGGACUAGGACAUCGUCCUAAAUAAAUAAACAUCCACUUAAGAUUCACAAUGUCUACCUGAACUAUAAUUACAUAUUCUUCAAUUUUAUUUUCAGAGAUUUUCGUAUUGGUUUUAACAGUCUCUGUGCCUUUGCCUCAGUUAAUCAUCUUCACCUACAUGCCUUUUAUACACCAUAUGUUUUACCCAUGGAAUCUGUGGUAAGCUUAACUCAACAUUUUUAAAUUCAUAAACCCAGGCAAACUUUGACACUGGCCUGACUUGUACAAGAGACAAAUGAUCCUUUUAGAAAAACUUAUGCAAAGGAAAGAUAGUCUGAUAAUUCGAUAUUUGACGAACUGUCAUGAAAUGUCAGCCAAUGCGUGUAGACCAUGCUCUUUAGUUAGUUAGUCAACAACAGCAAAAACAACAACAGCAACAAAAAUUUAUAUAAAAGAAAUAUAGAAUACUUACUAGAUUAAAGGAUAUUAGAUGGUCCGUCUCACAAGUCUCUCUAUCUUAAACAAUUCUUGAUUUUUAAAAUUUUUUCAAGGGUGUGUCUCAUAUAUGUGACGGUCUUUAUGAAACUGUGAACUAUCCUAUCACUGCAUUUGUAUUGGAAUGUUUUGACACUGAAAAUAUAGCAACUGUUUCCAGGUAUACCACCAGUUCAUGAUUCAUUCAGGUUUUUUCAUAUAGUGACCAAAGGCUAGGCUGCUAUUAAUAACUUUUUUUGCUAAUUUUUAGUCGCAUUCACAAGGUGACAUCAUACUUGCAUAAUAAUGAGUUGGCUCAUAAUGUAUUCUUCACACGUGGUCAGCGGUUGUCAGAGGAAAAUAACUCCGAUACAAAUGACGUAAUAAGAAUUUUUAUCUGGGUUAGGAAACCGUCAACUGGUACGAUUAUAUUUGAUCAAAAAUACUUUAUUGUAGUAUUUUAUCACUCCAUGUAAAUUUGGGUGCAGUUUUGAACGCUAGCACUCUCCCCUUUAUGAGUAAAUUUGUCUGGCGUUAGACAGAGUAAAAUAAUAAAGUAGGGCGCAUUGGGAUGCAAUGCAACUUCAUGGGUUAACUAGACAGAUGGACAGGUGAUCUGUUUUUAUUGUCUGGCGUUAGAUAGAGUAAAAUAGCAAAUUAGGGCGCAAUGGAACUUAAUGGGUUAAUUUUUCUCAAAGGCCACGUUGAAACCAGAAUGAACCGCGAGAUAAAGUUCGAGCAGCCUUUUGCUGGUAACUGAAUAAUGUCUGCUUUAACAAUGACGAAAUUUGUUGGAUUAAGACCAAGGGAGUUGCCAGCAAGCUGACAGGCAAAGCGGUUUCUUUGCUGAUCGUUUAGGUUAAUUUUAGAUAACGGAUGUUGCCCCUUAAUUGGUCCCAAUGAAUUUCAAAAUUAAAUUCUGCCUAUAUACAGUACGAUUGCUUAUAAAGCGAAACACUUUUGUAGGUAUUAAGAACGAGAAUGUAUUUAAUAUUGCUGUUUGUGAACUCGGCGGAUUUUUACCAAUUAAAGGUAAGAUAAAUUACAAUUGAAAAACUGUUGACUAAUUUUGGAAGCAGUUACACUUUAUUCACACGGGAAUUGGCGUACUGUUAUAUUCCUGAGAUAAAAUUCGCGUGCUGCGAUCCUGAAUGCAUUCAGUUCAUUCACGAGUGAAACGGAAUCAGAGAUACGAAUCGACGAUGUUAAAUAUUUGUCUAAAGGAAGCAAUUUUCUUCCUCAUCAGAGCGUUCAUGGUACGAGAAUAUGACAGAGGAAGAUGUAUGUGACAAGCUUAAAAGUGCUGCCCUAGAUAGCGAGCAAUUUGAACUAAUAAGAAAUGAAAUUUCGCAAGUAGUUGGACAAUGAUAGCAAUGAAGAAUACUUCUAGAAUGGAAUAUAGCUUUGCAAUGCCUUCACAAGGUCAGUGGAAUAAGGCCUGUUUCAAACCCCGCGCUUCUCAUAUGUGCCGAACGCAUUAGAAAUAAUAGAUAAUGAGGCAUUUCAGCUGAUUAUCUAUUGCUUUUAAUGCGUUCGGCACAUGAGAAAGCGCGACGUUUGAAACAGGCCUAAGUUUUGAAUUCUUAAAUUGAAUAAACCGCAGUUUGGCUGGUCAGCACCCGGCUGAAUUUGACUGAAUAAACCUCCGUCAAACGCGAAUGAGAAAUGCAACUCUUGCUCGCGUUUUAUACGUCGAAUUUUGGUCGCGUCGAAUGCAAUUAAGACAAUAGAUAAUGAGAUGAUAAACCUCAUUAAGCUUCAUUAUUUAUUGUUUCCUUCAUUAUCUAUCGUUUCAGUUGCAUUCGACGCGACCGAAAUUCGACGUAUAAAACAGGCCAUAGACUCUCACUGACUUUGAACUGGUUCAAAUUUUGAUGAGAGUAAUUGAUGAGAGUUUUCGCUACGCGUGUGGCAAUAUCCAGUCUACUCUCAUCAACUCACGUGCAACUCUUGUUCUCGUUUGACCGAGGCAUGAGAUCUAGAGUUGAGAAAACUCUCAUGAAAACUCUCGCUUCUCAACUCUCAUGGAAUUCUUGUUCUCGUUUGACCGGGGCAUGAGAGUUGUGAAAACUCUCAUGUAAACUCUCGCUUCUCAACUCUCAUAAACUUUCAUACAAUUCUUAUUCAUAAGAGAAAAUAUAAAAGAUAAAAGUUAUUCAAAGCGCAUAAGAGUAUUCCAGAGUUCAUUAAACAUCAGUCUUUUAUAUUUUCUUCGUUUCAUACUCUCGUUUGUCAACUUUCAUCAACUCUGGUCUUCGUUUGACUAGCAGUUUUAACUUUUGUGUUGCAUAAUCUGAUAAAGUCUGCAUGCGAUUUUGGCUUCGGAAGAUAAUAUAAACUUCGGUCCUAAUAGGUCCUCAUAUUCAGUGCUUGAAACGCGACCUUGAACAACUUUUUCAAGAGCGAAUAAUGAUGAUAAGACCACAGCUGUAGCCUCUUGUACUUUUCACUAAAUAUGUCAAAGUAUUCGCAAUGCUCUUGAACAAUCGACGCUCUAUAUCAUGUAAUAAACUCUAGAAUGCUCUCACGCGCUUUGAAUAUCUUUGCCACUCCCUUUCUUGUGCACAUACAAGGCAAUGCUUCACACCCAUUCAAGAGCAGAUGCUUUGCAAGAAUAUCACAAAAAAAAUUCCAUUAAAUAUUGUGUUUAUUUCUCUACAUAAAUAACUACAUAUAAAUAGACAUUUAACGCAAACUAGUACAUUUCAAUGCAGCAUUGUUUUGAAAUAUUCAAUCAAUUUUGCUUUCGUUUCUUGGUUUUAUUAUAUGCAAUAUAUAUAAUACUGCCGGCUAUGCUACAGAGGAACUCUAUUUAUUUUAGUAUUUGCGCUGUGAAAAUACCGAUUCAGACUUCAGAAUUAGAUAAAAGUAUACAUUACAUAGCAUAAUGCUAGCUUUGAUACUGCAUAUUAAUAGUUCUAGCUCUGUACUGUGACAGUUAGCAAUUUACAAGUGCAAUUUUAAAGACAAUGUAGUAACAACGAUAUUUAAAAUUUACGUGUCACUAAUAUUAGCUAGAUAUAUAGUUAAUUAAUUAUAUCUUAAUUUAACGUAUUAUAAUUACAAUUAUGCAAGUCACAUGUACAAACGUAUGUGCUAAUUAAUAUACAAUUAAAUCUGAUUGGUAUUAGAUAUAACAUAUUUGUUGCAAUUCUAGUGAAUGGUGGAAUGAACAUGAUCUACGUUGCCCGCACUGUAAGAUGAGUGAUGUGUUGUGGUCAAAUACUUGAAGAACCGUAGAACUUUAGAAGCUUUUUAGAGCGCGAAAAUAAGAUUGUUUCAUCAUAGUCAAUGAGCUAUUUAUUCGUUGUAUUGACUGCGUGUCCAAAUGACACGUUCUACACGCGUCAAAAUCUCACACCUUGUCAACAACACGUGUUCACACUGCUUGUUCCCAGUUGUUGACAAGUCUGGAACAACAUUGGUAUCACCUUGUAACAAGGUUGAUGAGGCCAACAGGGUCGUAACAAGUUGUUCCAACAAGUCUGAUAUCGUCCGCACGUAACAAGUUGUGAACAAGUUGAUGACAACAAACUCGUAGCAACUUGUUACGGACAGCCUCUGUUACUCUUGUAGGAACAACUUGUAGCAAGUCUGUUAUCGUCAUCAACCUUGUAACAAUGUGAUAACGUCAAUUUGUUCCAGACUUGUCACAACAACUGGGAACAAACACGCUUUCGAAACUAUGAAUUGGCUUGAAAUAACCAUGCUUGUAUUUAUAUGAGGUAUUGAUAUAUUCAGAGGCUGUUAUAGCAAGAUAAUACGAUGCCCCUAACCCACCCAAUGUGCCAAGAAACACGUGCUGUCCCCAUUAUUUAUCGUGCGAUAAAAACACGCAACGUUAUUUAUAUAUUAACUUUGACCAAAGCACUCAGUGCUUAAUUCGUGUCCUUCGUGUGCGUGGCAUGCCCCACGCUUGUGCGUGACGUACACGCGUGCGGCAUAGUGCGAGGUGGUGAAGGGUGAUAGGGGUUCAUCGCUUGAUAAUUUGUUCAAUCCAUGGUUUCACCACGUGGACGUUUGUGUACACGCCAUAUUUGAACGGUUGUGCGCAUGACUGUCUCCAACUGACGAUGCCAGCCAACGCCCAAACGCCGCCAGCGAUAGGGCAAGCCAGCGGUCCUCCAGUAUCAAAAUGACAUGCGUCCAUGCCGCCCUCUUUGUAACCCGCGCACAUAAAUCUAUCAUUGAUCGCUCCAUUGUAGGACCUAGGGGAAAUUAUACCACGACUCAAUAAAAUACUCGACCUUUAGGGAGAACAGUUUACAGUAGAACUAUGCAGCAUAAAUAAAAUUAGUUUAGUUUCGGUUUCCUCCUGUAGUAAC